AGAAGCAAGAGUUAAGGUGUAUGCGCGGUGUUAACAAAAGAGAGAUCAAAUGGCAGAAAUUAUUAACAGAGAAAGCAGGUGGUCUCUUCAGGGAACGACCGCCCUUGUCACUGGUGGAACUAAAGGAAUCGGAAAUACACUCUCUUUCUCGUAUGCUAUUGUUGAGGAAUUGGCAAGCCUGGGGGCGACCGUCCAUACAUGCAGUCGAAAUGAGGCCCAACUCAAUGAAUGCUUGAAUCAAUGGAAGACGAUGGGAUUUCAAGUCACUGGUUCGGUGUGCGAUGUAGCAUCUCGAGCCCAACGAGAGAAACUAAUUAGCACUGUCUCCUCUAUAUUUAAUGGCAAACUCAACAUCCUUAUAAACAAUGUGGGAACCAACAUAAUAAAAUCGACCUUAGAAUACACAGCUGAAGAUUUCUCAUUCCUCAUGUCUACCAAUCUUGAAUCUGCUUACCACAUGUCCCAACUUGCUCAUCCUCUUCUGCGAGCUUCGGGAGCAGGAAGCAUUGUUUUCGUAUCUUCAGUUGCAGGCGUAGUAUCAAUAAGUAUUGGAUUGACUAUAUACAGUGCAACAAAAGGAGCGAUGAAUCAGCUAGCAAGAAGUUUGGCAUGUGAGUGGGCGAAAGAUAACAUAAGGAGUAACUCAAUUGCACCUUGGAUGAUCAGAACCCCACUGGCUGAAAUGUUUCUGAACGAUAAUGAAAGACUUUUGGAGGCUAUUGAACCUAGAACUCCUCUUGGACGUAUUGGAGAGCCAAAUGAGGUUUCUUCCAUGGUGGCAUUCCUAUGCCUACCUGCGGCUUCUUACAUAACUGGUCAGACUAUAUGUGUUGAUGGCGGAAUUUCAGUAAAUGGCUUCUCAUUGCCCUGAAAAUGCUUGGAAAUAGCAGAAAAUGAUGUUCGGCCACCCCACUAGAAAUGUGUUCUUAUUGGUACGAUAUUUGUAUCGAGGGAUAUGAUGUCUAUAUCCACUUUACUUUCGAGUUCGGAAGCAAUAAGUUGUGUAAGACUUAAUUACACAAUGAA